AUGCUACAGGCUCUACUGAGCGGUCUGGCCCUUGCCGGCUCGGCCAUUGCCGUGUCCGGUGCACAGGAUGCCGACCCCCUCGUUGCGUCCCAGAUCUUGACCGACCCCUAUGCCUACGACUUCCCUCGUUUGGGUGCCCCUGGUGCCUCGCUGUUCCCCAUGCGUCUCUGCCAGGGGUUCAAGCUCGAAGAGGCCAGUGUGGAUGAUCUGCAACAGCGCAUGAGCAAUGGUUCUCUCACCAGCGUCCAGCUGUUGGAUUGCUAUCUCGACCGGAUCUACCAGACUCAGCCCUAUCUGAAGUGUGAUCCCCCCUCCCCAAACUACUCGAUAUGCACUGACCAUGUUUCUAGCGCCAUCUUGCAGCUCAACCCGGAUGCCCAUGCCAUUGCCCACAGGUUGGACAAGGAGCGUGCCAAAGGCCACAUCCGUGGUCCUCUGCAUGGGAUUCCCUUCAUUGUGAAGGAUAAUAUUGCCACCAAGGACCGUAUGGAGACUACUGCGGGCUGUUGGGCGCUGAUCGGUAGCGUCGUGCCCCGCGAUUCUUUUGUGGUCCACGGCAUGCGUAAGGCCGGUGCUCUCCUGCUGGGUAAAGCUGCGCUGAGUGAGUGGGCCGAUAUGCGCUCCAACAACUACUCUGAAGGCUUCUCUGCCCGUGGUGGCCAAUGCCGCAGCGCGUACAACUUCACCGUCAACCCCGGUGGUUCCAGCACAGGACCCGGUGUGGCUGUUGGUGCCAACCUGGUUCCCAUCGCCCUUGGCACGGAAACUGACGGGAGCGUUAUCAACCCGGCUCAGAGAAACGCCAUUGUGGGUAUCAAGCCCACUGUCGGUCUGACUUCUCGUGCCGGUGUCAUCCCCGAGUCUCUGCACCAGGACACCGUCGGCACCUUUGGUAAGACGGUCCGCGAUGCGGUCUAUUCCCUUGAUGCUAUUUACGGUGUUGAUCCUCGUGAUAACUACACUCUCGCCCAGAAGGGUCUGACCCCUAAGGGUGGCUACACCCAAUUCCUGACCAACAAGGACGCUCUAAAGGGCGCCGUCUUCGGCCUGCCCUGGGAGUCUUUUUGGGCCCUCGGUGAUCCUGCGCAGGUUGCUCAACUAGAGGAGUUGCUCGACCUGAUCGAGUCGGCCGGCGCUACUAUUAUCAACGGUACCGAGCUCCCACACUAUAAGGACAUCGUAUCGCCUGAUGGUUGGAACUGGGACUACGGGUCUUCCCGGGGCUACGCCAAUGAGUCGGAGUACUCGUACAUCAAGGUUGACUUUUAUAACAACCUGCGCGACUAUCUCUCCGAGGUUAACAACACCAACAUCAAGUCCCUGGAGGAUCUCGUCCAGUAUAACAAAGACAACUACGGCUCCGAGGGUGGCUUCCCCGGCAUUCACCCUGCCUUCGGCUCCGGCCAGGACGGCUUCAUCGCCUCUCUAGAGAGCAAAGGUAUCAUGGACGACACCUACUUCUCCGCGCUGGCGUACUGCCAACGCACCACCCGCGAGGAGGGCAUUGAUGCCGCUCUAAAGCACGGUAACCGCACACUGGACGGCCUCCUAGUCCCUCCAGCUGUUGCGCAGAGCAUCCAGAUCGCGGCUCAGGCGGGUUACCCCGUCAUCACUCUCCCCGCCGGUACCGACGAGGAAUCGGGCAUGCCAUACGGCCUGGCGAUCAUGAACACCGCCUUUUCGGAGCCCACUCUGAUCAAGUAUGCCAGCGCUAUUGAGGAUCUCCAGAAGACUUCUGGUACCAAAUGGCAGCGUACUCUCCCCGAGUGGCGGGGUUAUCUUCAGCGCCCGCUGCCCGUGCCCUUUUAA